UUGAAAAAUAAUUUCAGCGAUUUUUCGAAUUAUGCAAAAGGAAAAUCUGCGGGUUACAUCAAAUCCACAAUUGAAACCAGUAAUUCCGCUACAUUUUAUGCUUUUGACUCAAAUCCGACUUUAAAUCGCUAUAUUUCACCAAAAUGUAGGGAUUCUUCUCGAGUGAUUCUUGAAAAUCAUAAAACUGAUUAUAUCAAUGCAAAUUGGGUGGUUUCUGAUAGCAAAGAAUAUCGAGGAAAGAAUAUUUUGACACAGGCGCCGCUUAAAAAUACGAUUCCCGAUUUUUGGGCGAUGAUUUAUCAGGAGAAAGUUGAAUAUAUUGUGAUGUUUUGUGAAUUUAUGGAGAAAAGUUCACAAUAUUUGCCAACUAACGAGGGAGAUGUUGAGAAAUACGAGAAUUUUGAGGUGAAAUUUGUGAGAAAGGAAAAGGAUCCGGUGGAAGGUGUUAACUGGAUAAUCCUACAUUUAUUUGAUAGAAAAUCGAUUGAUACGAGGCCACGAAGAGUUAAUCAUAUUCAUGUGACUUCGUGGGCAGAAAAUACAACACCUGAUGAUCCGAAAUUGACUGUGGAAUUGUAUCGAUGGUUGAUGAGAAAGAAUGAGUCACAUAUUCCAAUGGUAUUUCAUUGUAAUAAUGGGAUUGGUAGAUCUGCCACUUUUGCCGCCAUUUAUUUUUUGAUUCGACUGGAUUUUGAUGAAGAUGAUUUAUUGAUUUCGGGUAUGGGAAUGCGGCUGUGCGGCGCGGUUUGGGAAACCGCGACGCACAGCCGCACGCGACGCGACAAUACUUGGGUGGAUUUAUCUACAAGCGGACUGUUUCAACCAGGCCUAAGCCCCGGGGUAAAUUUACAAGCGGACUGUUCCAACCAGGCCUAAGCCCCGGGGUAGAUUUACAGAUUUACAAGCGGACUGUUUCAACCGGGCCUAAGCCUCGGGGUAGAUUUACAGAUUUACAAGCGGACUGUUUCAACCAGACCUAAGCCACGGGGUAGAUUUACAAGUGGACUGUUUCAACCGGGCCUAAGCCCCGGGAAUUUUCCGGUUUUCGGGAUUUCUCUCAGAAUCAGAGCUUAACAAAAAAAUUCUGAUUUUUGGAACUGAAAACGUCUCAAAUAGUUACUAAAUCACUUCUAAAUGGAAGAAUUCCAGAUAAAAAUGAGUUAGUGCUGAAAUUUGAAAAGUCACAGGCCUGGCACACUAAAUUUUUGAUAAAAUGUAUGUUUUCUAGUGGUUUUUGACCCGCUGAUCACGAUUCCGUCGUCUAAAAUUGCAAAACUCAACUCCUAAUAUGAGUUAUGACGUGGCAAACUUUGAAAAUUUCGGGAUUUUGGGAAUUGAAAACGAUAUUUUCAUGCAAAUCUGAUAGGCCAGCUACAUAAGUAUUCAUUAUUUGAUUAAUUUUGAAAAAUUAUUUUUGUUCAGUGAGGGUUCAAACUUUCAGGGCUGAUUCACUUAGGUCAAAAUUAGUUUCAGCCAAAAAUGAAGAGAAAUCAAGGUUUUCAAAGCUUCUGGAGUGAUUUCUGAUGAAAAUUUACCUUGGAAUAAUGGUUUCGAGGCUUAUUUUCAUCAGAAAUCACUCCAGAAGCUUCAAAAAUAUCGAUUUAUCAUCAUUUUUGGCUGAAAAUUCGAAAAAUUUGAUUUAUCGAUGUUAAAAAAGCGUUUUUUGUUGGUGAAACAGCCCUAAAAGUUUGAAAUCUCACUGAACAAAAAUAAUUUUUCAAAAUCAGAUUUGCAUGAAAAUAUCGUUUUCAGCUCCAAAAAUCCUGAAAUUUUCGAAGUUUGCCACGUCAUAACUCAUAUUAGGGGUUGAGUUUUGCAAUUUUAGACAACGGAAUCGCGAUAAGCGGGUCGAAAACUACUAGAAAAAUUUUCAGAAAGUUCAACCUUGUUUCUGCAAUAUCUUAACGAAUUUCGAAAUGGUGCAAUCGAAACAACACUUCAAUAUUGUUUCAUAAUUUGUUGUAUUUUUGAAUUGCUCAUUCAAGAAAAUCGAAUUGAAAGAACCAGAGAUAUUGACGAAUUAAUGAGUGAUUAUAAAAAAUAUGUGGGGAAAGUUGGAGAAUUUAUUCGAGUUGGAGGAAAAGAAGCGAAAAGUGAUCAGAUUUUUCCGCCUUCGCCAGAAGAGAAAAGAAAACCAAGAAAAAAGCAAUCCUACAAAGAAAUAGAAUUUUCUUUGAAAUAA